CGUAUAAAUGUUGCCAUGACCCUUGAUGUCAAUUACCUUCGUGGAACCAUGGCUGCAGUGUUAUCCAUGUUACAACAUUCAACAUGUCCAGAAAAUCUUGCCUUCUACUUUCUUUCUGCUCAUGGUGCUCCUGAACUAUUCACAAGCAUAAAAUCAACCUUCCCUUAUCUAAACAUGACGAUUUAUCACUUUAAUUCUGAUCGUGUUCGCGGUAAGAUAUCAAAGUCCAUUAGAAAAGCAUUGGAUCAACCUUUGAAUUAUGCAAGGAUAUAUCUUGCAGAUACAAUACCAGAAAAUGUACAACGUGUGAUAUAUUUAGAUUCUGACCUUGUUGUAGUUGAUGAUAUAGCUAAGCUUUGGGGUGUAGACAUGGAAGGGAAAGUAGUGGCUGCUCCAGAAUAUUGUCAUACAGAUUUCACAUUGUAUUUCACAAAACAAUUUUGGUCGGACCCGGUUCUGGCAAAGACGUUUGACGGAAGAAAGCCAUGUUAUUUUAACACGGGUGUAAUGGUGAUGGAUGUGGAUAAAUGGAGAAAAGAAAAGUAUACAGAAAAAGUUGAGGAAUGGAUGGCUGUGCAAAAGAAAUCUAAGAGGAUAUAUCAUUUGGGUUCUCUUCCACCAUUUUUGUUGGUUUUGGCAGGGAAUAUUAAAGCAGUGGAUCAUAGAUGGAACCAACAUGGUUUAGGUGGAGAUAACAUUGAAGGUAAAUGUAGAAGUUUACACCCUGGUCCUAUUAGUUUAUUGCAUUGGAGUGGAAAAGGUAAACCAUGGUUGAGGUUGGAUUCAAGGAAGCCAUGCAUUGUGGACCAUCUAUGGGCUCCUUAUGAUUUGUAUAGGUCAUCCAGACACUUUUUUGAAGAAUAA